AUGUUGCGCAGCUGCCGCACCGUCGUCGGUGCUGCCCGAAUGGCCUGCGGCGGUCGAGUGGGCCCCGCCGCAGCAUCGCACGGCGCAGCCCGAAGGGCGGGUCUUCUCCAGCCUGCUCAGGGUGUUCGAGGCGGCCGAGUGGGACAAGGUGUUCGUCAAAAUGGCACGCGUCGUCGUCAACUACUUCACUGACAUGGCCUUCAAGGUGCUGUUCGGGUCCACUGGCAGCCGUCGAAGCAGCGACGGCACGCUCAAGCUUCUCCGCCAGCGGCGCGACAUGGCCCAGUACGUGCUCGAGCGGCAGCAGCAGGUGAGCCAGCUGCCCCCGGAGUGCCAGCGGCGCAUCGCCUGCCGGGUGGGACAACACUUGGGCAGCGUCCACAGCCUGCGCUCAUUGGCGCCCAUGCUCAGAACCGUGGACCGUUCCCUGGUGGAAGCGGCGCUACACGGCGUGAGCCAUAGCGACUGCGACAUGGCCUACCCCGACUGCCAGCUAGCCUGACGGAUCUACGUACGCUGUAUUUAUGGCCUCACGUUAAUCUUUGUUGUUGAAAAAUAAACGCUGGUCCGUUGUC